CGGAAGUUGUGUGUUGUUGUCUCGAGCUUCCCGCCGCUCCCGCACUCAGGUCAGCACGCGCCUCCUGCUUCUCCCAGGUGAUCUUUAAAACGUUACUUUGUUAAAAACCGGAACGUUCCGCCUUUACCUGUUUCACUGAGGCCGAGGCGGUGACGUCAUGACGCCAGGUGAGCGUGAGCGUGCGGGUGAACGCGACAGAGCAGCUCGCGGUGAUGAAUGAGCUCAGACAGGAAACAUUGUACCAGCAUCAACAAGGAGUCGCUGUCGUGCUGGAGCUCCGUUUCGUGUCUCCUGACUGACCGCCGAGUGGGCGGAGCCAUGAUGAUGACAUCACACCUCAGACGGACGUUGUGUGUCGCCAGAGGCCGGCUGGGUGUCGGCGGGUGUCUGCCCGGCGGCCCGGCGGCUCGGCCCUGCAGCGGCGGCGGUGGCCUGUCGGCGGCGUACGAGCAGGGCGGCGGCGAGGGGGCGGGGCUGAUCCUGCGGUCCCGCUCCACAGACGUGUACCAGAACCUGGCUCUGGAGGACUGGAUCGACGCCAACGUGGACCUGCGGCGCCGCAGCGUCCUGCUGCUGUGGAGGAACCGGCCCGCCGUGGUGAUCGGACGCCACCAGAACCCCUGGAGCGAGUGCGACCUGCGGGCCAUGAGGGCGGCGGGCGUCCCCCUGGCCCGGCGGCGCAGCGGCGGCGGGACGGUGUUCCACGACCUGGGGAACCUCAACCUCACCUUCUUCACCUGCAAGAAGAAGUACGACAGGAAGAGGAACCUGCGCGUGGUGACGGACGCCCUGAGGACGCUGCGGCCCGGCCUCGACGUCCACGCCACCGACCGCUAUGACAUCAUCCUCAACGGACACUACAAGAUCUCAGGCACGGCGUCCCGUCUGGGGCGGAGCUCCGCCUACCACCACUGCACCCUGCUGUUCUCAGCUGAUCGCUCCGCCCUGUCCGCGGUGCUCCGCCCCACGAGCCGCGGCGUCCGCAGCAACGCCACGCCCAGCGUCCCGUCGCCCGUCACCAACCUGCUGGACCACGACCCCACGCUGGACUGGGACCAGCUGCUGGCAGCACUUGGAGCCCAGUACAACUCAGAGUUCGGUUUCAGCGCCGUGGAAACCGUGGUCGACCCGUCUGAUGAGUCAGCGUUCCCGGGUGUGGGUGGGGCGGCGGCCGAGCUGCAGAGCUGGGAUUGGCUUUUUGGUAAGACGCCCAAAUUCAGCGUGGACACCCGUCUGGAGCUGAGGGAGGAGGAGUCUGGGGUGCGGGGCUCCGCCCACCUGCAGGUGGAGGUGAAGGGCGGCGUGAUGGACAGCUGCCGGCUGGGCGUGUCCUCGGGCUGGCUCCCCGCCGGGCUGAGCGGCGAGCUGAGCGCCCUGCUGGCCGGGGGACGCUUCUGCCCCGAGCACACGGCCGCCGUCGCCGCGGCGAUGCUGCGGUCGCAGCCGGCCGAGCUGCAGGGCCGCCUGAGGAGCCUGUGCGACGCCGUCAUCGCACUGAUGUGACGCAGCCUCACUGUGACAUCACCGCGACAUCACCGUGACAUCACAUGUCAUGCAGAGGAGAAACCUCAGACAACCUUUUAUAAUAAUAAAUAAAUUUAUAAAUAUAAAAUAAAUGAAUAAAACCUG